CGGAGCCGCGGCCGGAGCGGAGCCGGAGAGCGGCGGCGGCACCAUGACCCUGGGCAGCUGCUGCUGCGAGAUCAUGUCCUCCGAGAGCUCCCCGGCCGCGCUGUCCGAGGCCGACGCAGACAUAGACGUGGUGGGCGGCGGCGGCGGCGGCGGCGGCGGCGGGGGGGAGCUCCCAGCCCGCUCGGGGCCCCGCGCCCCCCGGGAUGUGCUCCCCCACGGCCACGAGCCUCCCCUGGAGGACGCGGAGGCCGACGUAGCGGAGGACGAGGAGGAGUCCGGGGGCUGUUCGGACGGCGAGCCCCGCGUGCUGGCGCCCCGGGGGGCGGCGGCAGCGGCGGCGGCGGCGGCUGCUGGGAGCCCGGGGCCCGGCGCGGCGGCCGCGGCGGUAGCUGCGGCGGCGGCGGCGGCCCGGGGCGCGGCGGGGCCAGGGCCGGGACCGCCGUCGGGGGGCGCGGCGACGCGGAGCCCGCUGGUGAAGCCGCCCUACUCGUACAUCGCGCUCAUCACCAUGGCCAUCCUGCAGAGCCCCAAGAAGCGGCUGACGCUGAGCGAGAUCUGCGAGUUCAUCAGCGGCCGCUUCCCCUACUACCGGGAGAAGUUCCCCGCCUGGCAGAACAGCAUCCGCCACAACCUCUCGCUCAACGACUGCUUCGUCAAGAUCCCCCGCGAGCCGGGCAACCCGGGCAAGGGCAACUACUGGACGCUCGACCCGGAGUCCGCCGACAUGUUCGACAACGGCAGCUUCCUGCGGCGCCGCAAGCGCUUCAAGCGGCAGCCGCUGCCGCCUCCGCACCCGCACCCGCACCCGGAGCUGCUGUUGCGUGGCGGGGCCGCAGCCGCGGGGGACCCCGGCGCCUUCCUGCCGGGCUUUGCCGCUUACGGCGCCUACGGUUACGGCUAUGGUCUGGCGCUCCCGGCCUACGGGGCACCCCCGCCGGGGCCGGCCCCACAUCCGCAUCCACACCCGCACGCCUUCGCUUUCGCCGCCGCCGCUCCUUGCCAGCUGUCGGUCCCCCCAGGCCGCGCGGCCGCGCCUCCGCCCGGACCUCCGACGGCCUCCGUGUUCGCGGGCACGGCCUCGGCUCCGGCCCCGGCUCCUGCACCGGGAUCCGGCCCGGGCCCCGCAGGCCUGCCCGCUUUCCUAGGCGCAGAGCUCGGCUGCGCCAAAGCUUUCUACCCCGCAUCCCUGAGCCCUCCCGCAGCCGGCACCGCGGCCAGCCUGUCCACCGCACUCCUGCGCCAGGGUCUCAAGACGGACGCGGGCGGCGGUGCGGGCGGCGGGGGCGCAGGGCCGGGGCAGAGGCCUUCCUUUUCCAUAGACCACAUCAUGGGCCACGGAGGUGGCGGGGCCGCACCCCCGGGCGGCAGCGAGGGAUCCCCGGGGUCGCCGUUUGCCGCCGCCGCGGGUCCCGGAGGUCAAGCCCAGGUCUUGGCCAUGCUGACUGCCCCCGCCCUGGCUCCGGUGGCCGGCCACAUCCGCCUCUCGCACCCCGGGGACGCGCUCCUGUCCUCGGGGCCCCCGUUUGCCAGCAAAGUCGCCGGCCUCAGUGGCUGCCACUUCUGACCGCACAGGGGCUCAGGGCCGGUGAGGCCCGCACUGCUCCGCCUCUGCCGGAGCUCCUGCGGCCCCAGCGGAACUCAGGGAGUCUUAUUUAUGAAGAGUCUCCAGACCUGGGCCGGAGCGGGUGACUUGGCACUUGGGGAGGGGGCACGGGGGGGCUCCAACGCUCAGAAGGUCGCCGAGAGUUGGGACGAAGCGGGCUUCCUUCUCUCGGGCCAGGCCCGGGUCUGCGCGAAGAGGUCUCAAGCCAAGAUCCCCUUCCACUUUGAUCGGUACAAUAAGAGACGGGGAGCCUUUGGUUUUUUGUUUUUUAUGUUUUUUUUUUUUUUCCGGCCUCGGCGCCCCCAAUGGAAGCCCCGGAAGAAAGCUUUCCCAGAGAUACGCCUGCGGGAGCCCUGCGGAUCCCGCCAGAAACACCUCGGGCGGGCGUGGAGAAGUCUCAGCUCCUUCCUCCCCCACUCCCAUUCCUUCCUCAACUUUGAGAUCUUGCUUGUCCAAUACUAUAAUUUAAAGACAUCUGUUACCCGCUUUGUGCUUAAAAAGAAAAUUUCAACGAUUUUUUUUUUUGGUUUUGCUUUUCUCCAAGGAAAUUAGAAGCCUAAGGCAGUGUCAAGCUGAAAGGAGAGGUGGAGCUGGGGUCUCCACGAUCCUUCUAGAAACCCACAGAUCCCACCCCCACUGAGGAAAAUCCUUUCUCUCACGUGUUUGGAUGUUUUCAAAGGAACUUUACCUCCCACUCCCGUAGCUGGUCAGGGCCGGCAGCCCUUUCGGCCUUAUGCCCUACCCCAGGCCCUGUGAUAUUUAUUAUAGUUCGAGGUGAUGAUGUCGGGUGGGAGAGGAGGGUCUGGA